UUGAUAACAGGAUAACACCAGGCUUCCUUUCCGAUAUGUUCAAGGAUUUAUCCCAUGCCCAUACACUUCUUUACAUUAUCACUCGGACGGUAUCAGGCAAACUGCUCAACGGUUUCAAGCAUGUUGAAGGGACAGAUACUAGCGGUUUUCCUGUACACGGUCUGUUUCACAGGCCUUAGUGAGCAAGCUAUUUUGACUUGUGACGGAGGUGAUGAAAUUAUUAAGGGCGAUGUCAGAGUCGUUGAUGGUUACCAACGGUCUGGAGCAGCAGAUUUGAUUUUCCUUGGAAGUGAUCAGAACUUGACUAUAAUUGACGGAGACAUUGUCAAUACUGGGUAUUUGGGGGUAUGUUAUAGUACAGGUUUCACGGGUUGCUACAAAGCAGAUUCUGAUGUGGAGGAUUGUGAUAACUACAUUAGAGGAGUGACUACGCUUGGCCAAACCUGCAAUAGUAGCAGUUGCAGGGUUUUAGCAUGUGGAACCAAUGCUGAACUUCCACGGUGUGCAUUCUGCGAUUAUGAUGGUUCAAUGCUGAACUGCUCGUUUAUCGAAAAUGACCCACCCCAGGACCUCCCUUACGAUGGUACUACUCUUUACACUGGAUGCACUUCAGACAAUAUUAACGGACAAGAGGUGUUCCAAUAUCGGAAGAAUGACAAUGCAACAUUCCUUUUUCAUGAAGGUAGAAUUUACUAUGGACUUACGAUAGAAUCUGACGUCCCAAAAUCCAUCGUUGGCUUGGCAUCAGUCACCUUAGCCGGAGUAAUAACCGGAAAAGUUAUCACAAGGACCGAUUCUGAGAAAAUGGUUGCUGAUGAGGCACAGUUUGUAGGAACACCUUUUGUCAGUGGUGAGUUUGUCUACUUCCUCUUCCGUGAGUCAGCACAGGAGUUUGCUAGCUUAAGUGCAGGCCAAGGUAUCAGCGUAAACACCUACUAUAGCCGAAUCGCAAGGAUAUGCAAGAAUGAUGAUGGGGUAACUGUUUCUAGUACUGUGACCCUCACCAGUUUCUUAAAGCAGCGCCUUGUAUGCUCCCAAAAUUAUUCCGAUGGUUCUUCUUUGGAUUAUAAUGAGAUACAGGACUUUGCCCUUAGUGAUGAUGGUACAAUGAUCCAUGCUGUUUUCACCAGUGGACAGAAUGAAGCGCCACAAUCAGCUCUCUGUGUUUUCGAUCUGACUUCAAUCAAUGAGACAUUUAAUGAGGGUGAUUUCUUCGGGGCUGAUGGUGCGGUUACCAAUGAUCUUUGGAGAGUAUAUGAUGGACUUGAAGUGUCGCCAAGGCCUGGUUUGGAUUGCUCCAAACCAAACACAGCUCAAACAGACUUUGAACGUGAUUACAACCUAAUGAGUGACCACGCAAAUGGGAGAGUCCAUUUUUUUCUGCUUGGGGACCGCUUCUCUAAUUUGGAAAUGACUUCUAAAAACGGCACAGAAAUCUACAUUAUUUCCUCAGAAAAAGGAUGCCUCUACGAGGUCGAAGUAGAUACUACCGAACCAGAUUUGGGAAAUCCUUGUCAAAAUCCUGUAGUUUCUCGUCCCAUCAAAGACUUGGAGCUUGCCCCUGACAACAGCUACCUGGUUACAACACUUGAUAAUGUUCAUCUCUUAAGUGAUUGCACCGUAUAUCAAGCACCGCAAGAACCAAGUGUAUCUCCACCAGGUGGAACAUACAGGGUACCACCAAAUUCAACCUUUGACAUCAUCUACGACACUCUGGUGAACGGGUCACCAUGUAUUAUGUCCGAGUACGGAGAAGACAUCAAUGAAUGCAAUAUUGACACAGCGUAUCGACUGUUGAAAAAAGAUUGCAACGGGAAUCUGGUCCACAUGAGUAUCCUAAUUUUGGAUAAUACCACGGUCACGUUCAACGAAUCCAACCUGAACUACACGAUCCAACCCUAUGAUCACUACUCGGAAAAUGAAAUUGGACUAAGAUGUUUUCAAUGGAAAGAAGCCGAUUACAACAACUAUGCAUAACGAGGGAGAUACAUGCAAGAAUAAGAAUUCCACCCAGGCCGCCCUCAAUUGAGCAGUCAGCAUACAUACCAAUCCAAUGAGGAACUGAUUGAGCAACAAUGCAGCCGAUUUAAUCUACAAUUAGAGGAUCUCCUGGUUACCAAAGUUUUGAGCGACUCUUGGGUUGGGACAUUCCAUUUGCCUGUAUGUGAAAAUUAAAUCGUUAUGGGAUGAUGAUAAUCACAAUGAAGUAAAUUAUAUUUUCCUCUAAAGUUAUUUGACCAUGUAAGAACUGAUAUUAUGGGAUAUUGUAACUAGCAGUAUGUAUAAGUAAGGAUUCUUUGAUAUGCGUAUAGAGUGAAGGCCACUAAAGGGUCUGUGAAACUGCGUGUAAAAGCAAUUAAAACUGUUAAAGCUUUAAAAGAAAUUGUGUGUGCUCGUAUAAUGAAAUUGUUGUAACAUUAUUAUUACAGAAGAUCGUUUCAAGUGGCUAACUAUGGGAAAAAAACUCUUUUUUUUCCUUUACAGUCUAUAUGUUUCUUGUUGUAUUAUGAUAGAGGGGAAAUUCAUUAGUUUGAGCUUUAUCAGUUAAUUGUAUGUGACUGAGCAUGUGUAUGAUUCAAGACAUACAUGUAAAUGUAUUUUAAGCAUAAUAACCAAAAAUGUGUUUAUUUUAACAAAUGUUAUGAAUAACAGUUGCCAGAUAACAGUAAUUACAUUGUUACUGAUCCUUUCCAGAUGGAGUUGUAAUUCGUGUUAUGUUGUUGUUUGCGCCAGACUAAUGAACAUGCACUUCGGUUAUUACAUAUACCUUAAUGUCUAUUUAGUUCAGAAUUUAUUGACAGAUUAGUCAAUAAAUGUGUGUUGUUGCAGACAUUGUCUUGCUUUUUUGCGAUAUAUGCCCCUAAAUUGGAACUAUUUGUUAACACACAUUGUGAAUUUACCUCUAUCAGUAUAUGCCGCGUUGUAGACUUGCUGUCUUGUAGAACACUUAUGUAUACUUGCUGCUAACCGCAUUAUUAAACAUUAAUCAUUGUAUCACGUUGGAUAAAUGAUGUGAGAUUUUGACUGUUUAUGAUCUCCCUAUGUAAACAUACAUGUACAUGUACAUCAAGAGCACUUCUCUCAAAUCAAAUGAGAAUCAUUAAGUCGAUCUUCGUCGCUCCAAAGUUAUAAACAAGCAGGUGACUGUGUAGAAUAAAAUGCUUUUGCUGUACUGAGAACGGUAAUUUUAUGUCUCUUGACACGUCACCGGACUUUGAAUCAGAAUGCCAGUUUUGAUCGAAAACAAUGAUUUUAACCUCUCAAUGUGUUGCCAAUUCGAGGAUUUUAAAACUUAUUUUCUUUAAAAAAGUUCCUAGCACCGAAUGCAAUAUACUCAUGAAACCAAAAUAUAUGCGGUGUAAUAAAGUGAAAAUGCUUGCAUUGUCUACUCAUGUGAAUGGUUUAUAUUUUUAAGGAUCUGUAUACAAAAUGUAAUGAAACAAAUGGGAGAUUCCUCGUGCUAAUAUGAUUUCUAUUUUUUAGGAUAAUUUCAUUGUAAUAUAAUCUUAGUGUUUCGAAAUUUCCAAUUGGUUUCUUUGACUUAAUGCAUUCACCCAAAACCAAAUAUAAAAGGUUCAUGUACAAUUUGUUUUUUUAAUUAGUUUUAUAAUAAUUAGAGACGCUUAAGUGAAUUUGCAUACACUAUGAAUUCAUGUAAAAUUUCUAGUAUUAAGGGAACUAAAACCAUUAGAGAAUUGCCAGACCCCAUCCACUAAUUGAAAGUUGAAACUUAUAACCUGUUUUCUUGCCGAAAUUAUUCAUGUCAAUAUAAUUGAUGAUUAAAUGUGAUGCAAGCUUAUGCAUUUAAAAAA